AUGAAAACUAGUGGAAGGAGUUUUACAUGGACAAAUGGUCACACUUAUAGCAAGAUUGAUAGAGCUUUGAUUAAUGCUGAAUGGAUGCUGGCCAUGCCACACUUAGAGGUAUGGAUUAUGGAUCCACAUUGUUCUGACCAUUCCCCACUGAGUAUAGCAUUGGAAGAGGAUGAAGACUAUAGCCCUAAACCAUUCAAAUUUCAAAAUCAUCUAGUUGAGCAUAAUGAGUUUAUAAAGAUAGUAAGUGAAGCAUGGGAGAGGCCACAUGAGCAAAACAAUAUAAGGAAUGUCUGGCUAAAACUAAAAAGAGUGAAGCAUGCUAUGAAGGUUUUAAACAAUAAUGAAUAUAAUGCUGUUGGUGAUCAGGUCAAGGUAUGCAGGCAAAGACUAAUUGCUUUACAAGAACAAAUGAAGGAUCCUGGUCAAUCUGAGCCCCUAGUAGCCGAUGAAAAAGAAAUGAAAGUACAAUUGGAGAAAUGGUUGGGGGUGGAGGAAAGUAUUAUAAGGCAGAAGUCAAGAGUAAAAUGGUUAAAUCUAGGUGAUGCCAAUACAGCAUAUUUCUUUGCAACUGUCAUGAGAGAUGGUCCUAUGGUGAACAGAGUGCAACAAAUGCAACUGAUAACAGAGGUAUCAAAAGAGGAGAUAUAUCAUGCUCUAAAAGGCAUAAGUGAUAACAAAGCCCCUGGAUGUGAUGGUUUCAAUGCUUUAUUCUUUAAGAAAGCUUGGCCUGCAAUAGGAGACACGGUUACAGAUGCAGUAAUGGAGUUCUUCUCAAGUUCAACUAUGUACCAGCCUAUUAAUUGUACAACAGUAACACUUGUACCUAAGGUGAAAAAUCCUUCUAAAAUUACUGAGUACAGGCCAAUAUCAUGUUCCAAACUACUAUACAAACUUAUAUCUAAGGUAACUAACUAA